GUAGCUAAAUAACUACAAUUACCAAGCACCAGUGUGUUGUAUUUGUAUUAAUCUCCCUUUAAACCCAGUGACAGCCGGAGGAUGGAAGCAGUUAGAGCUCAGUGUGAAACUCAGAUCAAUGCCUUCUCUGACCUCCUAGAGGACCUCCCGGACACUGCUGAGCCAGUCUGGCUUCUAGGAGAGCAGUACUGUGUGAAAGCAGAAAAAUCUGAGCUGCUGUCCGACAUCAGGUCGAGACUAUGGUUUACAUACCGGAAGAAGUUCUGUCCGAUCGGGGGUACCGGACCCUGCUCGGACACUGGCUGGGGCUGCAUGCUGCGCUGUGGGCAGAUGAUCUUAGCCCAAGCCCUCGUCUACAGACAUUUAGGAAGAGAGUGGCGCUGGGAGAAGGAGAAUUGUCAGCCCGAGGAGUAUCACAGGAUCCUGCACUGUUUCCUAGACAGGAAGGACUGCUGCUACUCCAUCCAUCAGAUGGCUCAGAUGGGGGUAGGAGAGGGGAAGUCAGUCGGAGAGUGGUAUGGACCAAACACAGUUGCUCAAGUGUUAAAGAAGCUAGCGCUGUUUGAUGAAUGGAAUUCCUUGGCUGUAUAUGUUUCCAUGGACAACACUGUAGUCAUUGAAGAUAUCAAAACACUGUGCAAGCUGCAGCCCAUGAAGGGCCAGUUAAAGCCCAGCAACUCAGGGCAGGUAGAGCCCCAGGCAAUGGGCAGCAUGCUCGGGCAGCUCAGCCCUCAGGCUCAGGGGACCCCCGGCUCACACCCAGGCUGGAAACCGCUGUUACUUAUCAUACCUCUGCGCAUGGGCAUAAACCACAUCAACCCUGUUUACAUUGAAGCUCUGAAGGAGUGUUUUAAGAUGCCACAGUCCCUGGGUGUUUUGGGUGGAAAACCAAAUCUUGCAUAUUAUUUCAUUGGGUUUAUUGGAGACGAGUUGAUCUAUUUAGACCCUCACACGACCCAGGCUGCUGUGGAUCCAGACUUUGAUGGGACUGUGGAUGACCAGAGCUACCACUGCCAGCGGAGGCCACGGAGAAUGAAAAUCCUGAACCUGGACCCCUCUGUGGCAGUAGGAUUUUUUUUCAAGACUGAAGCUGAUUUUGACAGGUGGUGCACAUUUGUACAGCAGGAAAUCUUAAAGAAAAGAUGUUUCCGAAUGUUUGAGCUGGUUGAGAAGCACCCUCCCCACUGGCCUCCAUUCAUCCCUCCCACUAAACCAGAGGUACAGACGACAGGAGCAGAACUCAUCGAGUCAAUGGACAAGCUGUUUGAAUCAGAAGAAGAAUUUGAAAUCCUGAACGUAUGACUUAUUUUUGUUUUUUUGAUAUUAUUGCCUUUUAACCGAUAAGUGCCUCCCACCACGCUCACACAAAGCACAAACUGGAAAGGAUCUGCAAAAAUACCCAUUGAAAACAGCAUCGGAAAUGGAAUCGGUUCUGUUAUAGGAAGGAGAUCCGUGGGAGACAGUUUCUGCAGAUUUUUCAAGGGGUUCACGUUUGUUUACAGCAAAGGGGUCACGCUGGCCCUGUUAUACCGUACGGAACCUGACUUCACAAAAAGGAAUAUUGAAGUAGGUAUUGUAUGCAUGGAUCUUUAAAUAUCUGGACUGCCUUCUGCAGAAAAAGGCUGAAUAAACCAGGUUUCCAAGAAAGCACGUUGGAGGAAGACUGCUUAUAAGAUGACAGAUACAAUCCUAUAUUGGUUGAAAGCGGUAUAUAAAAGUGCCUAACUGUGAAAAAUAUCAUACUGCAACGUUCUUGAUUGGUUGUUUGCCAUAAUUGUAGUUACAGAAGGUGGUGUAAUAACUGUAGAUCUGUCCUUGUUUUAAAAAAAUAACAGCUGCAGUCGGUAGCAAAAAUAAGGUGUAUUCAUAAAUGUAAAUAUGAAACCAGAAGUCAAAAAUGUAUUUCACAAUUUGAACCUGUGAGUACUUGAGAAGUCAAUUUUAUAAGAAAACAAGAAAAGGCUCUUAAAGGCAUGCAUUAUAUGAUGUAGAUUUUCUCUAGUAUUUAAUUUCAUACCUGUUUCUCUAAUUGCUAUUUUAAAGACUUCAGUAAGUGAAGCAAAGUGGCAGUGUUUUCUUGUCAGCCUAGUCUUUCAAUUUACCAUGUGUUUUACCAUCACAGCGUACUAUAGAGCAGAUCUGCCCAUGUUUAUAGCAAUGAGGAGACCAUUUACUCUUUAUUCUUAGCACACACACUCCAUAGAAUCCAAUGAUAAAGCUGGUCUGCCCUGUCAUCUUUGAGUCCUACACUCUUGGGUCAUGCAUAGCAUGAAACAUAGGGAAAAUGUGAGCAUUUAUUGUUUUUAUAUGGGCUGGGUCACACUAAUAGGAACAAUUAGCGGUCUACUAUUCAAAUUUAGUUUUCCAAUUUAUAAUCUUUUAUAAUUUCAUAUUGCAUUGCUAAUAUAUAUAAUGUUCAAACACAUGUAUUGGAUAUGGAUUUAUUGACACUGUGUCUUAAUAAUAAAACCCCAUGGCCAGCGUAAAGGGUGUUUUACACACUGAAAAAAUAUGAAUUACGCAUUAGAUUUAAAUUCAAUGUGUAACGAAUACAAUAAUAACAAUCUUUCUGCACAGCUUGAGUUGUCAUGUUAUCAAGCUUCUUGUACUGUGUUGGUUCCCGGCGUCUCAAUGGUCAAUUGUGAACAUACUGCAAGCGGUAACUAGACAAUGGAUCAUAGAAAUGCCGGAAACAAGUGACCAAUAAGUCUGGGUUUUCUAUAAAAAAAACAAAGUACUGUUGAAUCAAUACGGUUUGUGACGGGUGAAUAACCGACUGGAUAUUCAGGAUUGCUCUGCUCCGUCUUAGUCUCUCUCAACCUAACCUACCAAUCUGUCAACCGAAUUUUUGGAAGGUAAAGCUAUAUAAUAAAUAGAAAAUUCUGUGUUUGGAGAGAGUCGGUGCUUUAUAUUGCUGUAUCAAGGUGAUCAAUAAGGAAUACAAUACUAGGGCAGUAGCUAACUACAUCGAGAGGAGCAACUUCACAGACUAUAAUAUUAAUAAUAUUAUUAAGGCAGGACUAAAUGGCUGCAACAAAGACAUGGCUGGAUUUCUUCAGGUGGAAAAUAAGGAAAGGGAAGUUGUUAUUGGAAGCUUUUGUACAGUAGUUCAAAGUAACAUUACAGUUCAAAUGUAAGGCUGUAGUUAAUGCAUACCUCCUAAGUUAGCAUUAAAUUAUGUACUGUAUUUAUUGGAAGUACUUGUGAUUUCAAGGUAAUAUAGAUUUUACACACAUAGUGUUUAAAUUGGAGAGUAAAUUACUCAAAACCUUAUCUGGAGCAUUGCCCAUGACACACACAAAAAAAAAAUUGUUUAUUUAGCAGACGCCUUUAUCCAAGGCGACUUACAGAGACUAGUGUGUGUGAACUAUGCAUCAGCUGCAGAGUCACUUACAAUUACAUCUCACCUGAAAGACGGAGCACAAGGAGGUGAAGUGACUUGCUCAGGGUCACACAAUGAGUCAGUGGCUGAGGUGGGAUUUGAACCGGGGACUUCCUGGUUACAAGCCCUUUUCUUUAACCACUGGACCACACUGCCUCCACAUCAUUUAGUAUCGUUCUACUCUGGAUCAGAACAUUAGACCGAUAGGACUUUCAAAUAAUUGGGAACAAAAGCCUUUCUGAACAUUGUCACAUUUGCCCUAUUAUUUAGCCCUAUCAGCUUGACCAAGCCUAUAUAUAAAAAAAAAAAAAAGAUUGUGCUAUAAAACCUUUGAAGCAUCAAAAUGUGUCAGGGAAAGUUAUUUAGGCUUGGAAGAAAAAUACAUCUUCAAGGAGUGCUGAACAAUGCUUUAAAAUUGAUUUUAUGAUCUUUCCCAUUUCAAAUAUGUUCUUCAAUUGUUUUUAAUAUUAGUUCAUGAUGUGCAGAUGUCUGUAAAUGAAAUGCUAUAGAUAUCCUUCCUGGUACCUGUGUCAAAGGUUACAUGGUUAUAAAAAAGAUCUUGAACAGGAGCGAUAACAUUGCUGGUGUUAUUACAAAUUGAUAGGCUAGCUGCUUGUGGAGCAAUAGUGGAGAAAGGCAUUGGUAACAACAAGCACUGGCAAUUGGUAGACAGAGCUGCCCCCAGAUGUACACAGAGGUUUACAUCUGUUUGCUGUGCAGUACUUGUUUCUGGGAGGACGUUGGAAGCAUCACUAGGAUUUUAUUUCUGUUAUUAUAAAGGCAUGCAAGGCUUUUUCACUUUUCCAGGGUCAGCAUUUGUCAUGCUGUGGACACGACUAACCUGUCCGUGCACUAAAAGCUGCCUUUUCUAGUGGUUAAUGCAAGUCUGUGUAAGUGAUGUCUCCCUCUGCACCACAGUGGAAGUUGUGACAGUGUGGUAACUGACUACCAAAUGUCUAAGUGCUCUUUUGUGUAAUUUAUACUUUUCCUACACCAUUGCUGUUUAGUCCCCAAAGUCAUUUUAUUACAUUUCUGGUCUAUUUUGGUUCAAUCACACAGGUAAAGAAACAGUAAAACCUUAUUAUUGCUAGGAGAGGCAUGACCAGAUUUAUUUGUUUUAUUUGUAUGUACUUGAUUUUUGUUGCUGUAAAUCUUUUUUUUUUUUAUAAAACACUUUAGACUUUGCAUACAAACAGUAUGACAGAUACACCCAUGAAAUCAAGACAUUGGUUCACCUCAGUGAAAAUGGUUACUUCAUGUGGAUUAUUGAAUGCAAAACGUAGAGAAACUUUUGAAAGCAAAUGAUUUGGAUGUCAAGUGGUAAGCAUGAAACAGUAGAUUGAUGUAAGCACAAUGUAUACUGAAAGAUGUAUUUCUACUGUAUGAAUACCGCUAUAUAGUCUCUCCAUUGUAAAAAUGAAAUAUGUACAUGUUAUUUUCUAAAAAGGAACAUAAAUCCUCAAACAGUCUAUGCAGAAAUAUUGCAGACAACAAAAUACAGUGCUGUAAAAACAGAGGGUUAUGGGAACUGAGGAUUACGGUUACUGUUAAAAAACUUCAGGUCACUGUGAUGAUAAUGUAAAAUCAACAGCAGAAAAUACUGCUUGGCAAUACAACGCUUUACCAAUAAAACACAUCAUUACAUAUUUACCAGACGGCACCAUAGCUUUGACACUGGUAUGCUGCUCUGCAAAAAAAAUAAAAUAAAAAUAAUUCACCUCAGUUUGGCACACCUGUCACAGGUCUAGCAAGUUGUACAUCAUUAAAUUGUGUGUGGUUCUGCAUGAGUAUCUGGUCAAUUAACUGCAUCAUAUUUGUACUUUCUAACAAGGUUUUUGUUUUGGAACACUCCUCCCCCUCACUGUAUUAUGUUCAGAUUUCUGAUCUGUGGGUAAUGAUACAACUUCUGUUCAGGUCUCACUAGACUUCUGUGAAUUAAUAGCACUUUAAUAUUACUGUUGUCAUUGCAUUUUACGAGUAAAAUUGGACAUGUUAUUUAAACUGUCUGGUUUCAUCUAUAAUCCGAACCUAUCAUAAUGAAGUGCAUGCUGCUAGCAGCUGUAGAAACUUCAAUAUCACACGUCUAUGACUGUAAAAUAUUUUACAGCUGUCUUUUAUUGAAAUGUUUUUGUGAUUAAAGUAUAAAGUAUGAAAAGCAUGCAACAAGGACUAAUCAUUUUAACAUGGUACAGAUUACAAUCACUACACCAAUCUGAUCAGGGUCCAGUCUCACAUGGUUCAGAUUAGCGAGCGUCUCCCUCUUACUCAACCAUUGAGAGUGUUAUAGUUACAGAUGGGCUGAAGGAGGGAGCAUGGUCCUAAUGGUGAGAUCAAGAAAAUGACUAUAAAAAAAACUUUGAAAAGUUUAUUUCAAAAUUUACACAAGACCAUUCAGAGCCAAUAUCUCUCAAGAGUACUGUACACGAAAUGUAAACUGAAAUCCAUCCAAUAUUCUUCGACUGAUAAUAAAAUGUUUAAUAAGACGUCUUCGGACUGCGUAGCAAUCAAAGCCUGGUAUUUUCUUUUUCUUUUCUUUUUUAAUAUACUGUGGUACAGCACAAGCAGCAGUACAGACUGGAUCCUUACACCACCCUGCUAAGUGUAUGUUUGUAAUUACUGAUCAAUAAAAAAUCAAAUGGAAUUAUAAAACAAAGCAAAAACAACAAUACAGGUACAAUUAAAAAAGUGAUUUUAGCGGUCAAAUGUACAUACACCCCCCACAGUAUUAAACUUUUUAUUUACGCCAAAUGUAUUAGCUAGGGGUUUGAAUAUAGUAAAAUUAUACACCAUCUGGAUACUUACAAAACUAGUGUACCCAAGGCUACCUCUGAAAGAAAAGGUUACAGUGAAAGACUAGUGGUCACGAAUCAGCCCCUCUUGUAAGUUUAAAAUCAGUAGAAGCCAGAUUAAAAUAAUGACAGCAGAUUUUGGAUGUAAGCUUUUCUGCCAAGUAAAAUAAAUGUCGUGAUUUACACCAAGAGCUAUAUAAAGCCAACGGAAUAUUAAAAAUAUUUUAAAAAGAUGAAAUAUGUACACCACAGAUGGGUAGGUAUAAAGAAGUUAAAAAGUGUUUUAAAUUAUUAUUUUUUUAGUGUAUGUUUGAUCAGAAAGUUUCCCAUUAGCAUCAGUAUAAUAAAAGCAUUAUGAGAAGCAAAAAAAAAAAA